GUUCCGGGAGUGCAAAUUUUCCAGAAGAAGACCAUUUUUUAUCAACUUUUCCUUCGCUUUCCACUUGAUUGUGUUUUGGAAUCGUGAUAAACUGUGCGAAGUAUUUAAGCCGAUAUAGCGAUGAUGCCGCUGCAUGGUUGAAGUCGUUCAGCAAGGAAGCUUUGUCACAAGAAGAUGCGAAUGGAAUCAUAGCGAAAGUGAAAGUAAAUUAACACGAAACUACCCAAGACCAGGUGGUGGCGCAGCAACUCGGAUCAAGGAAGAGCAGGAGAAGAGGAGUGUCUGAAAUGCAUAAACAGAUGGACACGAUGAAACGAGCGGGCCAUUGUUGCUUCUGUGUGUUUCUGUUGCUAGCGAUUGCCAUCCGAAUAGCAGACUGUGGGUUAGAUACGUAUUUAAACGAUGAACAGCGUAUACCCGUUGCGGCGGAAUUAUCCGGCAUUGAAAAGUGUCCCCGGAUGUUGCGCUACGUCUUCGAUGGCUACGCACCGAUUGGUAACACAAACGCGGGAAAUUACACGGAGAACUUAAAGGCCACUACGUUGGAACCCUGCGUGAGGGAUUGUUGUGAGAAGGGCCCAAACUGUAACACGGCGUUCAUCUUUAACCACACCUGCUAUCAUGUGAAGUGUAUCAGCAACGAGCUGUGCCUGCCGGCGAAAAAGGAAAACGUAGAUUCUACGCUGCGAAUGGUGCUCGUGAACCCCGUCGAGAACGGCGGUAUGGCCGGUUCCACGUGGUGGGGAUUGUUAAAGAAAGCCCAAGAGAAGCGGCUACUGAUGGGUGGCGGAUCCGCAGCAGCGGGUGCGGGUACGGAGGAAAUUCGUGAGGAAAACCUAUUGGGCAAGCUGGCCGAGAUUUACAACCUUGCCAACGGAGUACAGCGUGUCCGUGCGGAAGAGGAUAAGUAUGAUCUUACAUCGGCCGACAAUCUGUAUCGCGGACCAUUCAAAACGAUUGACUACGGCACGAGUAGUUUUGAUAAGUACGCCAACAGCUACUUGCACGAUCAGUACGAUGAAGAGGCAGAGGAGAGUAAGUUCUAUGCCGAGGCGAUGCGCCCCUGCGUUUCGGAUGCGACUUGUCCCGAGAACGAGAUAUGCCUCCGUGUUGUAGCAAACCUACGCGAAGGUAUUUGUAGCUGUAUUGAGGGAUUCGAACGAAACGAAAAGAAGCAGUGUCUCCCCAAACCAUCACAGCCUCAGUCAGUGUUGAGAGAUCAGCCACAGAUGGGCGGUAUGAGAUCGGAAGCACAGAUGUUGUCGGCUCAGAAGCUUAACAUGAAACAGGAGGAACCUCUGCCAUCACCAAUGCGAUCUACCUCGACCAAGGAUCUGACCGUUUCCGUCGUUUCCAAGGACGUACGUUUGCCGACCAACGAAGCAACACUAUCAGCUUACGUGAUACCGGAUGAAACGACAAGCGGAGAUCGGUAUCAGUAUCUGUGGACCGUCGUUUCGCAACCGAAGGGAGACAACAACAGUACCUUCGCCGAUUCGACGAAAUCGAUCGCCAAGCUUUCGGGGUUGGCAGAGGGGCUGUAUCAGUUCAAAGUGACCGUAAGCGGACAGAAUGGGUCGUACGGUGAAGCCUUUAUGAAUAUUACUGUACUACCUGAACAGAAGAUCAAUCGACCGCCACAAGUGGUAAUAACACCAGUGAAUCAAACGGUGCGGCUACCGAACCACGAAGCGAUCCUGGAUGGUAGUGGCUCCGGGGAUGAUGUGAAGAUCGUGCGAUGGCACUGGGUGCUGGAGCAGGGUCCACUGGGUUACCGGGCGGAUCUGCCGGAAGUGAACACAUUACAGCUGAAGAAUCUUACGAUCCCCGGUAACUAUACCUUCAAACUUACGGUGGAGGAUGAGGCAGGACUGAGCAGCAGCGCUAGUGCCGUCAUUCAGGUACUGAAAGAGAUCGACUAUCCGCCGGAAGCGAACGCAGGACAGAAUGUGAUUCUUUAUCUACCCAACAAUAACGUCACACUGAACGGAUCAAUGAGUAAGGACGACAAUGGCAUCGUAGCGUGGGAAUGGACCAAAGCCAUUACCAACCAGUCGAAGGCAGUCGACAUGCAGAACACUCGCACUCCGUUUCUGCAGCUUUCCAACCUAGAGGAGGGAGUGUAUGCGUUUGAAUUGAAGGUCACGGACGCCAAGAAUCAGAGCAGCACGUCGAUGGUGCAUGUUUUUGUGAAACCACCGAGUAAUCGGCCACCGGUUGCGAAAGCGAGUUCGAGCGGAACGAUUUCCUUGCCACAAAACUGGGCAAUACUGAAUGGAAACGAAUCGAGUGAUGAUAUCAAAAUUAUAACUUACCAUUGGCAGCAGCUAUCCGGGCCAAACGUGGCAAUCCUUGCUAACCAGAACGCAUCCAUUGCUAAUGCAACAUCGCUGACGAUUGGGGAGUAUAUUUUUGAGCUAGUGGUUUCGGACGAGGCAAACAAUAAUGCACGCGACCAAGUGCGAAUCACUGUGGUGCAGGAGAAAAACACACCGCCUGUGGCGAAUGCAGGCGGUGAUCAAACGAUCACGAUGCCCACCAACAUGCUGGUUCUGAAUGGUACACGAUCGAGUGAUGAUCUGGGUAUCGUGAGCUACAGUUGGACCCGCGAGCCUAGUAGUCUUGCGAUCGGUACGAUCAUCGAUGACAGCGAUAAGAAGCCGGUCCUAAUGCUAACGAACAUUGUAACUGGACGGUACGUGUUCAAAUUGACGGUGCACGAUGGACAAGGUUUAUCCGCUUCGGACACGGUCAGCAUCAUUGUUAGGCCGGAUCCUUUGCUGAUGAACCUCGUCGAGGUGACGAUAACUACUGAAGCGACUGUGCUAACGGCAACCGAGUUGGAUUCGAUCGAACAAAAGUUAGCUCUGCUGAUUGGAGAUAACUUGGCCAAGGUACAGGUUCGAGAACUUAAAGUGGAACCCAGAACAGGCCAGGUGGUCAUAGUAUUUUUCGUCGAGCGAAAGACGGGACUUGAGGAUAAGGAUAAAGUGGAAGUGAUACCAGCGCUGGAAGUGGAACGAAUAUUGAAGGAAAAGUUUUGGCGUGACUACACUAUACUCGGUACAUCCGUGGUGGGUAUCCGUACUACCGUGUGCCAGAACGAUUGCUCUGGUCACGGUGUCUGCAAUGCGGAAACAAGAGAGUGUAUUUGCCAGAGUUUCUGGAUGCCCGAUAUCUUUUACUUUUGGGGCAUUGCUGAAGCUAACUGUGACUGGUCUAUAUUGUAUGUUAUUGUUGGAGUGCUGAUAGUGUUUUUCGUGCUCUCCGGAAUUUGCUGGGGAAUCACUUGCCUUUGUCGGCGCACGCCGAAACCACGCACUAGACCCAAGCCACAAAAAUAUUCUUUGCUGCAAACGAACGACGAGGAACUUCCUUCAUUCAAUCGAGCGGGAGCUAACAACUCGGAUACCGAAACCGACUCGGAUGUGCUGUUCGAGAGCCGCUCUCAGCGGCAUAAUGGAUUGCUACCGGUUGGACGAAACGGAGGCAUAGCCAACGGCGAGCUACGGAACGGAGGCAGCGGCACCGGCCACCCCAAGUACGGUGUGACACGCCUUGGACGACGCAUAAAGGCAUGAAAGGAUCCUUGGCGCGUUCGACAUUCCCUAGUCUGAGAAUUAUAAUAUAGAUAACGCACACCCACAUACAUACGUUCCUAUCAGCUUGCAGUGAUUUACCACUAACCGAUCGAUGUAUUAGAAUUAAUCUAUUUUCUAUGCGACAAAACGAAUCCUUCAGUGAAAUGAGAUUUGUUUUUUAAAUUAAUUUUUAAUUUGCGUGGCACCACGUGAAACGUGAUUCCGGUCAAAGUAUUCAGUCAUUCCAACGCACAGGUCACAUAAACCCACACCAUAUUAGUCAGUGAUACUAUACUUCUCCGAUAACGAUUGUGAUUCUAAUGCCAUCGAACAGAGAAAGAGAGUAAGAGAGAUCGCAGGAGAACAUACAUUUCUGAUUAUUGCGAUUUUGGUGCGUUAUAAUUUAGGUAUUAGAACAUCCUUCAUCAGUAAUGAGUUGCACACCCGGAAUGAAGAAAGUAGCCAAUAGCGUAGAGUGUACUUAUGAAACUACCGUCGCCAGCGGAGGCACGGCACCGCACAGCACGCGAGCCCUUAUUAUUCUUAACAAUAUCGACCGGUACCGACACGGACAGCGGGCUGUGAGAAAGAAUCGGUGCUCGUCGAUAGUACGACCAAAUUUGCGAUCGAUCUGCACUGUGAGGCAUGUGCAAUUCAUACUAAAUAAGCCCGUAUCCCCGGGGAAAUGAUGCGCCAGUAUUAGAAGGAAAGGAUGUGUGUGCCGUUGUUGUUGUAAUUCACGAUCAUGGGCCAGAUACCAUAUAAACGUAUCCUCAUUUUUUACCUCUCGGAGUGCGAUAUUUUCGAUUAUCUUGCCACAGGAACAAAACGAGCGGGAGAGAACACGAGCACUAGUCGUAAGGUGAGGUGAUACAGAGUAAAGUGAAAUGAUGAGAAAAAAUGUAACAAAUCAAAUCAUGAAUAAACCAACGCUGAGAGGGUUUUGCAUGCCAUCAAGCGAAUUU